AGCAAGCUAAUUACCCUAGCUUCCGUUAUAAAUACUCGUCCAGUAUCUCAUGCGCCGUCAGUCUAUUUCCGGCAAUCGAGUGUUUAACAAAACUCACCUGAAAUCAUUAAUUAUACUCCGUAGCUAUUCCCUCGAUCGAUGGCGGCGGAGACACCGUGGACCCCCGAGCGGGUGGAGAAGUACUUGAGCGAACUACCCUCCGGCUACCGGUUCCGGCCGACGGACGGGGAGCUGGUGGUGGAUUACCUGAGAAAAAAGAUUCUUGACCAAACCAUGCCUCCCAAUAGGAUUCGAACCCUCAACAUCUACGAGUCUCGCCCCAUUGAACUUUAUCAGAUGUACAGAGUGACGGCGAAAGAGAACGCGUGCUAUUUCUUCACGACGAGGAAGAAGAAGUACCCUAAUGGGACAAGAACGGCCAGGACCACCGGAAAGGGGUUCUGGAAGUCGACCACCGGCGAUCAGGCGGUGGUGGUGGGGGACACCACCGUGGGUUGGAAGAGGUCGCUUGUGUACCACCAAGGGACCACGCAGGAGAAUGUGAAGACGGAUUGGCUGAUGCAAGAAUAUACGUUGAAUCCUAAUUCUCUUCCGGCCGAUAUGGCUAAUGGGCAGGUGGCUGAUGACUAUGCUUUGGUGAAGAUAUAUCACAAGAACAUGAUGAAGAGCAACUCUUUUGUUAUGGAACCACAAGUACCUCACCAAGAUCUUCUUCCUGAUCACAACCCUGCAGAUCAACUCCUCCCUCCAAAUACUCCCAUAAAGCAUGGUGUUGCUGCAGCGGAUCAACAAUAUUAUAAAACCCUUCUUCAAGAUCCCAGUGCUGCUCAUGAAACUCAUGUGAAUGAUCAUGCUGCAAAUGAUCAACAUCAUCCCGAUCAAGAUGAUAAAGGUAAUGAUGGGAAGAAUUUGAUCCAACAAGAGGCGGAGAAAGAACCCAUUCUUCUAAAUAAUGCAAAUGAGCAACAACCUUUACUCCCGAGUGCUGCUGCAGCUACUACUAGUACUACUACUACUAUGCAUGAAGCUCUUGUAAAGGAUCAUGAUCAAGAUUGUCCUAAUCAAGAUGGUAGUGGUAAUGAUGGGAUGAAUUUCAUUCAACAAGAGGAGAAAGUACCCAUUCUUUCAAUUACUGCAAAUGAUUCUCAUCAUCCUCAGGAUGAUAGUGGUAAUGAUGGGACGACGACGUUGGAUAUGAUCUUGCAAGAGCAACAACCUUUACACUUAAGUGCUGCUGCUACUAGUACUACUAUUACUACGACGCACGAAGCUCGUGUAGAAGAUCAUGCCCAACAUAAAGACAUCCCACGAUGAAGUUCUCUUUUUUUUUACUAAUGAAUUAAUAUUGUGAUUUUUCUAUAUCAUAACUUUUUUCUAUGCGUUACCACCAACUAAUAAAUUUCAUAUGGUGGA